AUGUGGAACUGUCUUGGAGGUAGAAAACCUGCCCCACUCUCCCCUACUGAGGUGGACGAAAUGACUCAGGAUAAAUUUCAUGAUAUGUUUAAUGAUAAAUUUAAAUCUAAGAUCUAUACAGACUGGGCGAACCACUAUUUAGAGAAAUCGCGGAAUAAAAAGUUUAUAUCAGAUUUACAACAGGACAUUAGUGAUGGUGUUCUACUGGCAGACGUCAUCGAAGCAGUCACAUUUAAAGGAAAUGUUUGCAAUUUAGUUUGUUGUAAACAUAUUGAUACACAUCUGGGUACUGUCGAAAAAUUUACACUACCUGCCAACUUUAUUUUCAUUGGUAAGAGAUAA